AUGGCUCCGCACGCCGAGGAGGCCGUCUCAACCGACUAUUAUGCACGACCGGCCGAAGUUACAAAGCCUGUCACUGGGAGAGUCAGCUCAACUAAGGAAUUGGCAGCUGAGCCCGUGAAACCCAGACCAAGACUGUCCGAGAGAUACGAGCCUGGACGAGUCGAGCCCCUGUCUGACGAGGAUGAUGCUUACGAUCAUCUUCGUCCAUACUUUCCGGACGUUCAUUGGGAGGCAUUGAAGGAAACGCCGUACGAGGACAAAGGCCUACUGGGCGAUCCGCGAUUCCGCAAUCUUCUAGAUGCUGCUGAUGAAGUCUUCGACUAUGUGCCGAAGAUAGGAACCGAGAUUACUGGAAUCAGGCUAUCGCAACUUACGGAUACGCAGAAGAAUGAUCUAGCUAGGCUCGUUGCCACACGCGGCGUUGUCUUCUUCCGGAAUCAGGACGACUUCGAUGUUGAGGCACAAAGAGAGCUUGGGAGGUAUUUUGGGACGUUGCAUAGGCACGCUACAACAUCGAUGCCUCAAAAAGAAGGUCUCGAAGACGUCCAUGUCAUCUACACGACGGAUCAGUCACUCGAUCAACGGGCUCUCUUUACUCCAACAUAUUUGUGGCAUUCAGAUGUCACAUACGAGGUCCAACCACCGUCAUAUACGUCUCUGAAAGUGCUGAACGGUCCGCCACGCGGUGGAGGAGGCGAUACACUGUGGUGCUCUCAGUAUGCAAUCUACGAUAUCUUGUCGCGGCCCAUGCAGAAAUAUCUCGAGAGUCUUACGGCACUUCAUUCGGCGGACGAGCAGGCGGCUGGCUCGCGUGCUGCUGGCCGGCCUGUCCGUCGCGACCCAGUCACUACAGAGCAUCCAUUGAUCCGGGUGAACCCAGUGACGGGCUGGAAGUCGGUCUUCUUCAACCCCGGCUUCGUCACCAAGAUUGUCGGCGUACCAAAGGCCGAGAGCGACGCCAUCAUUCGGUAUCUCACUGAGCUUAUCGCGACCACCCAGGAAGCACAUGUGCGAUUCCAGUGGGGCAAACAUGAUGUUGCAAUAUGGGACAAUCGGUGCACAAAUCAUACAGCCACAUAUGGCUUCCUCCCACAUAGAAGACACGCGGUUCGUGUCACCCCGACGGCGGAAAAGCCAUACUUCUCUCCAGAAGGGAAAUCUCAGGAGGAAGAGUACAACAGGAAAUGGAAUCUGCCGCAAACCAACAAAAAUGGGGCGAGAAGGUCAAAUUACAAUGACUGA